GAGGAGCUAAUAGAACUAGGCAAGACUUGGGCAAGGUUUUCUUCGCCAGAGGCGUUUUGUUCACUUCGUAUAGCAUGACGAAUGCACUAUCUACAAUGCGUUCACGUAUCCGACCAACUUCAGCUACCGUAAGGAACUCUUUAUCAAGAGCUAUGUCGUCUAUUGCUUCAGAACAUAUACUUCCCGGCCGCCAAUGGAACUACCGCAUCCUCAACGUCGUCAAAGGAGACAAUACGCACGCAUCCACCGUCUUCAAGGCCGAGGUUUUUCCACACAAGAAUGUCCACGGAGCCCCCCGCUGGGCUAUCAUCAAAGCAGCUUCGCCCGACGACGCAUAUUCUGGAUUGAGCCUGGACCGUGAAAUUUGGAGUUAUCGCCUUCCUGGUGUAUACUCGGCCGCGUGCUUCCGACAACUGUACGAUGUGAUCGACAAAAGCACCAUCGCUUUGGAAUGGCUAGACACCACUCUUGCAGAGGUGAAAUACCAACCAGAUAUGCGCACCUUCGUCCUCAUCAAGACGUUCCUGAACGCCGCCUUGGACAGUUGUGUCAUUCUAGCCGACCAAAAAUGUGUGAAUACAGUAUAUCCCGCCGGCGAUCGCAUAAAAGUCCAACCAUUCGCCAUGCGCGCCCCUGAAGUCUACCUCGGCAAGGCGUGCACUGAACCAUCGCAGGUCUGGGCAGUUGCCGCGAUGUUGGUUUGCUGGAUCAAGCCUAGUAUCCUGGGCGUGCAGGAUAGCCCUCAUUUCUUGCUCAAUGAGCCUUGGUGUAUCGCAAAGAUCAAGCGGCUCUUUCCUAGUUGGGAGAUCCCGACUGCUGACGAGGUUGAGGGCGAUAUUCUCAAAGCUACAGUCACCUGUUCCAGACGUAUAAGUCGACGAGAGGAGCCACCUAUGCAAGCAAUCUUGCCUUUCGCGGAGGAGAUGCAAAAGGUGGACAUGCCGCAGCAGUUAAGGGACCUUCUUGGUCUCAUGUUUGUAAUCAAUCCAGACAAAAGGCCCUCCGCCUCAUCUAUAUUGGCAUCGAGGGAGUUUCGGGGGUUUGAGGAGUUUGUGGAGGUAUAA